GUGGGUGGGUCAAUACUCAAUACUUAUGUACACACCCCAGGUCAUUCAUUCUUUUUAUAUUUCGGCGAACCCAAAUCAUAAAUUUUGGGUAUUUUUUCAAUCAUAGAUGAUUCAAAUCUAGGUUAACUUCCCAUUUAAUAGUUCAAAUUUGGGUUCAAAUUCCCGAAUUUGGUUGUAGAUUGUAGCUAUGGCUUUGGAUUUCGAAUCAUUAACGGAGGCAACAUCAGGGGCCGUUGGAGCUCUGGUUAGUACCACCGUCUUGUACCCUUUAGAUACUUGCAAAACUAAGUAUCAAGCUGAAGCUCGUUCUGAUCAUCAGCAAAGAUACAGGAACCUUUCCGAUGUUUUAUGGGAAGCUAUACGUAAUGGUCAAGUUCUUUCAUUAUAUCAGGGUUUAGGGACAAAAAACUUGCAAUCUGUUAUACAACAGUUCAUCUAUUUUUAUGGGUACAGCUUUUUAAAGAGGCUUUACUUGAAGAAAAGUAAUUUCAAGUCGAUGGGCACAAAAGCAAACUUGAUUGUCGCUGCUGCUGCAGGGGCUUUGACCGUCAUCAUCACUCAGCCUUUGGAUACAGCAUCAUCCAAGAUGCAAACUAGCGACUUUGGAAAGGCAAAAGGGCUCUGGAAAACCCUUACUGAAGGCAAGUGGAGUGGUGCUUUUGAUGGCCUUGGCAUCUCCCUCCUCUUGACUGCGAAUCCAUCUAUUCAGUAUACAGUUUUUGAUCAGCUCAAAAACAGACUCCUAAAAACCAAUAACACAAACUCGGAUUUGUCCCCACAAGCCCUUUCUGCCUCCACUGCCUUUUUGUUGGGGGCUCUCUCCAAGACUAUUGCUACCUGCUUGACUUAUCCAGCUAUUAGGUGUAAGGUUGUGAUUCAGGCAGCAGAGAGAGAGGAAGAAAAGCUUCCAAAAUCAGAAAAAGCUCGUAAAACUAUCUCAAGAGUAUUCUACAGCAUCUGGAAAAAUGAAGGAAUUCUUGGAUUUUUUAAGGGUUUACACGCCCAAAUUUUGAAGACUGUUUUAAGCUCUGCCUUGCUUCUGAUGAUAAAGGAGAAGAUUACAAAGUCUACUUGGGUCAUGAUGCUUGCUCUUAGAAAAUACCUAUUGACAACUAGUACAAGAUUGAAAAGUGCAUGAGUUGUAUUAUUAGAAGAGCUAUUUCGGAUGGAACCAUCGUGUAUAUAAACAAGAUUUCUUUCGGCUGCCAAGCUCAGACGGGCUUGUCGACAACGCAAUAAGAGAUUGUUAUAAUUUGUCUGUUUAUCCUUGUAAUAUCUACCAAAGCUAUAUUUUUUGUAAUCCUGCAGUCAAAAUAAAUAGGAGUGAUUCAAAAAUAUGUAAGACUCCUUUCUGGGCAUGUGGAACACCUUUUUAUUGAAAUGGUUAAUUUGUGGAAAUGAUGACAAGUAUAUUCACA